CCCCCACAGAUACUACUAACAACACAAAUAAAAAUAUCAAUACUUCCACAGAGAUGAACACAAAUAUACCUAUUCCAGCUACAACCAGUACAGCUACUAUUAGCAACCCUAUUACUAAUCACACAGAAAAAUCUACUUUAGCCAGACCUAGCACACCUACUAACCAAAUCACAUUAGCAACAAGCAUAGCAACUAGCCUCAAUACAACUAACUCAGCCACUACAACUAGCACCAACACUAACUGCAAAAGACCCAGAAACAAUAUAUUAUUGCUUAUUAUAGCUCCAAAUAAGGCCACUAAAUCUGCUCCUAGCAGCAUCUUUAGACUCUUUUCUAAUACUUAG